GCCGCUGCCGCCUCACGAUGCCCGCACACGCGCUCCGCCAGCGACGCUCCGCCGCAGCGACGCUCGCCCUCUGGUUCCUUCCUCUGCUGGCGCUGCUGCCAGCCGGCGCGCGCUCCGCCGACGCCGACGCCAAUGCGACGCUCGUCAGGAACUUCGUCGCUACCGACGCGCUCGUCGACGGCGAGCAGGAGCGACGCAUCCACUACAACGGCCUCACCGCCAAGGAGACCAGCGUCGUCGGGGCUCCGGACGAAGACGGCACCAGGGCCGGCGUGACGCUGCGGCAGGUCACGGACGGUUCGGGCUUCCUGCAGCUCAUCUACGGCGCCGAGGGCGAGCUGCACGACUGCGAGUUCGUGGCCGGGCGGCCCGCCGCCGACGCCUUCCUGCGCUCCUUCCACUCCGACGUGCAGCGCGCCGCCGGCGGGGGCCGGCGCGAACACCGCCACGAGGCGGCCGAUGCCGCGCUCGCCAACGUCACCUUCCAGGUUUUGCCGGAGGGCUCGCCGCUGCCGGCUGAGGUGUCCUCGUGGCUGGACAUGCGGCGGCUGCGCGCACAGUGCCGGGACAAACACCGCGAGCUGCGACGCCUCGCCAGAUGGCACCGCCGAGGCGGGCCGCGGCAGAGGGCGCGCGCCGACCUGCAGCUCAACAGGACGAAGCGCUCGCUACGCUCGAUGCUGAUGGCGCCGGGGACGCUGUGGUGCGGGCCAAAUGGGGACGUGGCGACGUACGGCCGUCUGGGGCCGCUCAGCCAAGAAGACCGCUGCUGCAGACAGCACGACCGCUGCCGCGCCAACAUCAACGCCUUCGCCACCAAGUACCACUUCUUCAACUACCGGCCCUUCACCAUCAGCCACUGCCUCUGCGACCAUAGGUUCCGCACUUGCCUCAAGAUGGCUGGUACGGGCGCUGCCAAUCUCGUGGGUAAGCUGUUCUUCAACAUCGUGCAGACCAAGUGCUUCGUGCUGAAGCCGAAGAAGGUGUGCACGCGCUUCUCGUGGUGGGGCAAGUGCGAGAAGUACGCGUACCGCAAGCAGGCGCACCUGCGCAACAACGUCUCCUACUGAGGGCGCGCCACCGCCCUCCGCACGACAACGUUCCUAGCCGCUUGCGCCGGCGGCCGCUCUAGAAGGCGGUGGACGUCGACUGCCGCCGCGCCGCGCCGACCACUCCCCGGACGACUGCGCGCGAGGCGUGCGACUGAAAAGCCACCGACGUUGGACUGUCCACCCGUGGCAACUGCCGCAUUGGAUUUACGCCACUCAAGACGGAUAUCUAAGUAGGGCUGCGCGACCAGCCCUACUUCGUGGGCGGCACACUAAAGACAGAAUAAGUACUGUUGCCGUCCAUGGAUCGUUUCGUGACUAAAGAUAGCUGCGGAUAAUUAUAUUCAUCACCGUAACUUCAGCUAUGCCUGUAGUGAGAACGACAAAAAAGGAGUUGGUAUUCUCUGUUUGUGCAUAUAGCAGUCAAUUCUCCUAAUAGAGUUAUUGUAAAGUGUGUUACCACCAGAAGUAGUUCUAUAUCGAAAACUGUAUGUAACUAAUUGAGAUAUUCCCGAAGCUACCUCCUGCGUUUCCAGAUGUGUUUGUUGCAGUAGAAGUUCAGCGGUCCGAAGAUGUCUGCUGAUCUUAAACCUUUAUUAAGCACACGUACAAGGAGAAACUGCUCAGAAAAUUUCAGUUAUAAUGUCUCUGAGCUCUGAUAGAUCAUAAAAUUCUCGCAUUUCUUCUGGCAUAGAAAAUCAGUGAUUAUAAACUACAGCCUGAAUCCCAAAUGCAUAUACAUAAGCCUCUAAUGAAUGUAGUUAACAAUACAAUAUUUUUAUUAUUAAUGAUGCCAGGUUAUCAAAAGCAAUUUCUGUAAGCACGUGUGCUGGAAAUCUCAUGCUGGGAACUUGGCAACAGAGCCGAUUGCGACACACGAGAAAGACAAAUGUCUGGUAGUUUAGCAUCUGCUUGUGAAUUUAGUUAGUUGGACAAUAAUUAAGUGUCCCUAUGGAGCUGUAGAGACCAGCAUCUGUUUAAAUAUUCAUGUCAUGCACACAGGAAUACAUUUCUGAGCUGUCCGGUGUUGACAUCUCUCAGAUUUAAAUGACUGUUAUUUACGACCAGGCAGUGUUUUCUGUAUGCGUAAUCGCUGAGGAAACAGAAUUCUUUUAUUUUGGUGCUGUAUGAAACUAACAAGUUUCUAUUUAUUUCUUUAUUGGUACUUAGCAUUUAUUCGCCUUGUUAUAAGUCGCACAAUGGUUCCGCCAGUGGUGGAAUCUCGUCCAUAGGUCUUCUGCGUUGUGAAAUUACAAUCAAAGCUGACGUUUUUGCAUGUGAAUCGUUUGUUAUAUGUAUUAUAAAAACUGCAUUUUUGUACUUUUGUAAUGUUCGUCGGUAUUAUAUUACUUAAGCGACAACUAAAUCAUUCCUUCAUUACUUCUGUUCAUCGCCUGAUCUUUUAUCUUUUCUUUUUUUGUGAAUACGAAUUGAUAGUGGAAACCCUUUGAUGUGGCUUACUUUUAGGCUGUAUACAGUUGAGAAGUUCGCUAGUUUUCCCGAUUUCCAUACACCAUACUGUAAAUACCCAUAGUUUCGCUGUUGAGAGUUAUACAACAAUGUGUUAUUGUUGUUCUAUAGAGCUAGACUGCCGUGGGUACCUUGCCACGCAUAACCCAGCUAAGACUCGUAAUCAUUUUGUAACCAAAGAUUUCUCCUCCUGAAUACGUGGAUUUACCAUAAAGUCUGUGACUGAAUGUAAUGUCAGAGGAAUAAUGUUCGACAGACUGCUAAAAAGGAGGGAUGUUGACGGCGUAAUAUUUGGUGUCUCAGUAAUUGCGUUUGAAAGUUAUUUACGAAUCAAACAAUCAGGCAGUGCGCUUUUUUAUUUUACUAAUCAAUUAGUGAUAGUAGCGACAUGUGGCAUGUUUUUAACAGCUAUGAGGAACAUGCUUAUGUUAGGGAAUAAAUCCGAUUAAAUCAAAUACUGUCUUGUUCCAAUAUCUACCUUUCUAUUUCUCUGCAAAAAAAGCUAAAUUGCCUCCUACAAUGCAGAAUUUCAAGCAAAGUGUUUGAAAUGAGAUUUAUGAUCGUUAUAAGCAGUUAAGUGCUACAGUUCGUACUUUUAGUGUGCUGGUGGACAUUAGAGUAAAUUUCUGUUCAGUUCAACGAAACAUUGCGACACAUUUCUGUGGCCUACCUUUGCUGUUACACUAGCCUAUCCUCUUGAUCUCCACCUUCUUGUGAAAAUAGCUCGUUUCAUAUGAUGGUAUCACACUAUGCAUACUGUAAGAUGAUAGUUCCAAAAACAUGAAGACAAUGCUGAAUUCCUUUUUUAUAACACAUCGAGAAUAUGAAAGUUGUAGGACACUGAGUAGUACUCGAAAGAUUUCUAUUAAUUCAAUGCAAUUAUUGUACUUUUGAGAAACCGAAAAUAUUCCUUCCAUGAAAAUGCUUUGGAAAUGCUAUUUCUCAUCCUUAUUUCUGCACUACUUGCAGCCAUAUACGGAUCUUCACACACAUUUUGCAGUCGGUAUGAAUAUCUGAAUCUCAAACACAUUAGAAGAAAUUCAGUGUUGCCGCGCUCUAAAAACGCUAUACCGUUUGAUCCACUUUCCUACAAUACUUACUGUGACAUCUAUUUUGCACAAAAGACAACGCCAGGUGUUGAACCUAUUGCCAACAGAUGAACUCCCUUAUCGAGAAAAUUCAUCAGCAGUCAUAUAAUUACGACCUGAGAGGAAAAUAGUGUUCACCAGUUUCGGUACAAAAUUUCUAAUUUGUUGACCUCAAACGAGUAAAUUCAUAACACACAAAACAGCAGAAUGCUGUCAAGCUUAUGAACGCACAGUAUUCUGAUAGCUCUGCUCAUGUUAUUGCAGUACUGACAAAUCACCUAUGCAUGUCGAUUCCUCCCAUAUAACUUUCAUCAAAUUUCUGUGUCUCCUCACCUUUGUAUAUACCACAGUAUUUCGACUCCAACAAUCCUGUUAUUCCUACACCUCUAUAACCCACCAACCCUACACCGACACACGCACUCCAUAUUCUCUCCCAGCAAUACUUCAACGAGCUCUUUCUCACAGACAACGUAAACUGCCAUGAUAUUUAUGCGUUGUGGACUGAAACUCUUCCCUCUCUACCGCAACUCACACUGGAUUUUCCUCUCCCUCCCCACUUGUUCCCUAUUUUUUUUCUAUUCAUACCGUCGACUGCCCCACAGCCCACUCCCCUAUUCUGCUUCUGUUUCCCAUUAUCCGCUUCUACACCUUCUCCCAUCUGCAUGUUGCAACAUAUCACACGCCCCACGAUCUUAAAGAGCUUCUGAUUUUGCUUCUCCUAGUUCUACCCCUUACCAGUGCAGGUCUUUACUAUUUCGGUGAACGUGCGUUGCUGCAUUGCUUCUUGUUUAGGAGCUUGAACCUAUCUGAGCCUACUUUCCAUUUUACUUUUUUGUCUUUCGUUUAAAAGCAAACAAAACAACAGAUGUAAUCAGUGAAUUUCACCUUAAAUGUUUAUUUGACACUACAAUAGUGAAGCCAUCGUCACAGUGCAUAAAAAUUUUUUAGUCACACUCCUUUACGACAAUUAUGUCGGAAUAUAGAAAGAAAAAUCACCUUUUUAAUUUGUUUAGAAAUUUAUAUAAAUGUUUCACCCUUUUAAUUAUAUUGCAUCGAAUGUAUGAAUUUUAAAAAUCAUAUGCUGCAGAGGGGCAGAAACAACAAUAGAGGGAAAAAUUCUAUGUAAACAUUGCUCUUUGAAAAAGUGGAAGUGUUGUGUAUCUCUUCUCGUAGCCCAAAUAAGAUCAGCAGCAUCAUCAGUUCUCUUGUUUUGUUGAUCAGUGUGUGUUUCUCACUGAACAUAUGGGCCGGUUAGCCGUCUCAGAUAACAACCACCGUAUCUGGACGACUCUUACUACAAAACACCCUUGCUUCUGCACAAAUCUGUAGAUACAUCUACAUCAUAAGGGCUUGAUUUGCGAAUAACUUUCAGGAAUGAGAAUAUUUACUGUGAAACCAAUGUGUACGCUGUCAUGACAUUGGACACCAAUGCCGAUAUCCGCAGGUGCCUGCUAGAAGCUCGGCACGACAGGCAUCUAGGCAUGUCUUGUGAAACAGCAAUGUGCGUGCCCAGGCAUGCUCUCGUUUCCGAUGAUUGUGAUACCUCUUUUCACGGCCAGGCUGCGUCAGCAAGAAGCAUCGCUUGGCGCACUACCUUGACUCCUGCCGGUACUUAAAUGGCUCUGAUUGCUAGCAGCCCAUUCGAGGGUCUUGAUUAGUUUUUAUUAGGAAUUUGGCCGUUUCAGAAAUAGACAGCUUCGGUCAGACAUGUGUACUUCUCCGUAAUGUUUUCAGUUUGCUAUUAGUAAAUAAAUUAGAAAAGUAGUUUCUGUUAAGGCUAGUUUUAUUCAAAAAAUAAAUUUCCGAUAAUUUACUCCCAGCAAGAAAUGCUCUUUCACGCCAAUAAACAGUACCACACUUAGUAUACUGUAUGAUGCAGCUAGAGAGUGCCACAAUAGCACGAAUACCUCAGCAACUAAAAGUUGCACGUUGUUUUCAUACUUUCUUCCCUCUCUGUCUGUGACUGUAAGCUUCCAUGUGUUUUUAAUUUCUUAUAAUCUAUCAUAGUUUUAUACAACCACAGAGCGAUUAUUUAAGUGAGUUAAGAGUCUUCAGUAUGUGUUGAAAAUAGUUGUAAGGCUAUCGUGUUGCAUUGUAUCACUUUUCAUGUAUUUAAAUUGACAUCUUUCAUCUCGUCAUUUCGUUACAUUACAUCUCUGUAAAUGGCGUUUGUAAUAAAUAUUUCAUGAUGUUUGUAUUCAAGAAAGUAAGAUGCAAUAAUAAAUUUGUUAUUAUAAUUGAA